UGGGCAGACUUUACUUAGUCUCUACUUAAAGAAAAGGGCAAAUGCACAAGUAGUCCGUGCGAGUGCUCCUUUAAGCUGGCAUACCGUCUCAGAAGCCCGCUAUCCCGCAAUGGUGUUUUCCUGGCGAGCAACCCCGGGAGCCCGGCGCCUGCUGCUCUCGCUUCUCCUCGCCGCCUGGGAGGCGGGCAGCGGGCAGCUCCACUACUCGGUCCCCGAGGAGGCCAAGCACGGCACCUUCGUGGGCCGCAUCGCGCAGGACCUGGGACUGGAGCUGGCGGAGCUGGUGCCGCGCCUGUUUCGCGUGGCGUCCAAGGACCGCGGGGACCUUCUGGAGGUGAAUCUGCAGAAUGGCAUUUUGUUUGUGAAUUCUCGGAUCGACCGCGAGGAGCUGUGCGGGCGGAGCGCGGCGUGCGGCAUCCACCUGGAGGUGAUCAUGGAGCAGCCGCUGCAGGUUUUCCACGUGGAGGUGGAGGUGAAGGAUAUUAACGACAACCCGCCGGUGUUCAGAGAAAGAGAACAAAAGGUACGUAUUUCUGAAUCUGCUCCUCUGGACUCUCAUUUUCCCCUAGAGGGCGCUGCGGACGCGGAUACCGGCAUAAAUGCUCUUCUGACCUAUAGGUUAAGUCUAAAUGAAUAUUUUGAACUUAAAAUAAUAACGAAAACCGAUAAAAGUAUAUUACCGGAACUAGUUCUGCGGAAGUCAUUGGACAGAGAGGAAUCGCCAGAAUUUAAUUUAUUGCUCACAGCCACAGAUGGAGGUAAACCGGAGCUAACAGGAUCUAUUAAGAUUGUAAUCACUGUGCUUGAUGUCAACGACAAUGCCCCGUUGUUUGAUAAGCCUGUCUAUAAAGUAGCAUUGUUUGAAAAUGUCCAAAACGCCACCAGAUUCAUUCAACUGAAUGCCUCAGAUCUAGACGACGGACUAAAUAGAGAGUUUUUCUAUGGAAUUAGAAUGAUUUUGCCACUGAGUGAGAAGUGUAUGUUUUUGAUAAAUCCAGACACAGGUGACAUUCGUAUUUUUGGGAUACUGGAUUUUGAAGAGAAUAAUGCGUAUGAAAUUCAGGUUAAUGCCAUUGAUAAAGGAUUUCCUUCUAUGGUGGGGCAUAGCACAGUCCUGGUCGAAGUUGUGGACAUGAAUGACAAUGUCCCUGAGGUAAUCGUCACUUCACUGUCACUCCCUGUACAAGAAGAUGCUCAGGCGGGCACCGUCAUCGCCCUGAUCAGAGUGUCUGACCGCGACUCUGGGGCCAACGGACAGGUGACCUGCUCCCUGACGCCCACCGCUCCCUUCAAGCUGGUGUCCACCUUCAAGAACUAUUACUCACUUGUGCUUAGGAAAUCAUUGGACAGAGAGGAAAUGCAGGAACAUAGUUUAUUAUUAACAGCCAGCGAUGGAGGUAAACCCGAGUUGACCAGCACAGUCCAGCUGCUGAUCACGGUGCUGGAUGUGAAUGACAAUGCUCCAGAAUUUGACCAAUCCAUUUAUAAAGUGAGAGUGCCAGAGAAUGCAUCAAAUGGAACAUUAAUGAUCAAGCUAAAUGCCACAGAUCCUGAUGAUGGCACGAAUGGAGACGUAGUCUAUUCAUUCAGAAGGCCUGUAUCACCAGCAGUACUAUAUGCAUUUAUUAUAAAUCCCAAUAAUGGAGAAAUUAGGAUAAAAGGUGGUCUGGAUUUCGAAGAAAAUAAAUCAUAUGAAAUACUUGUGGAAGCCAUCGACAAUGGGAAUGUUCCAAUGGCUGGUCAUUGUACCGUUUUGGUGGAAGUAUUAGAUGUAAAUGAUAACGCCCCAGAGAUUACGAUCACAUCUCUGUCACUGCAUGUCAAAGAGGAUGCUCAGCCUAGCACCGUCAUCGCCCUGAUCAGCGUGUCCGACCGCGACUCUGGGGCCAACGGACAGCGGCUGUGCGCGGCCAGAGCCGCCUGCGUCUUGACCUACGAGCUGGUGCUCAGUGACCCGCUGGAGUUCCAUCAGAUGCUGGUCCGCGUCCUGGACACCAACGACAACGCGCCCCGGUUCGCCGCCGGCGACGUGCAGCUGCACAUCCCCGAGUUCCUGACGCCCGGGGCUCGCUUUCCCCUCCCCGACGCUCAGGACGCGGACGAGGGAAGCAACGGGCUGCUGAGCUACAGUCUGAGCCCCAGCCCGCACUUCCACCUGGCCCUGGGGGCGCGGGCCGACGGCAGCCCGUCCCCCAAGCUGGUGCUGGAGAGAGCGCUGGACCGCGAGCAGCGCGCCACCCACAGGCUCGUGCUCACCGCUCGGGACGGGGGGCUGCCCGGACGCUCGGGGGAGGCGCGAGUCACCAUCAUCGUGGUUGACACCAACGACAACGCACCGGUGUUUGAGCGCUCCGUCUACCGCACAAAGAUUCCAGAGACUGCCCCCAAUGGGAAGGCUCCAAUGGGGAAAUCCGCUACGCCUUAA